AUGGCCGACCUUGCGAGCCGCAUUACGAAGCCCGAAGAGGGUGCCACCGAAACUCCCGCUAAGACCUCCGCUGAGACCCCCGUUGAGACCCCCGUUGAGACCCCCGUUGAGAAUGCUCCUGCUGCUUCUGGCGAGCUUGGCCAAGUUGACGGCAAUGUUGAAGACUUGGGCGGCUCUGGCCUCCAGGAGCCUGAAUGGGAUGUCGAAGUCUCCCUGAGCGAGCUCCAGAACAAUGAAGCCACACCAUUCCACUCUGCUACCACCUGGCAGGACCUCGGCCUCCGUGAAGACCUCCUAAAGGGCCUCCUAUCCCUCAACUUCUUGAAGCCCUCCAAGGUCCAGGGCAAGUCCCUUCCCCUGAUGCUCAGUGACCCUCCGCGAAACAUGCUGGCUCAGUCACAGUCUGGAACUGGAAAGACAGCUGCCUUUGUCACGGCGAUAUUGUCGCGUGUCGACUUCAGCAAGCCUGACCAGCCCCAGGCCCUGGCUCUUGCACCCAGUCGAGAGCUUGCCCGACAGAUCGAAGGAGUCAUCAACGCCAUCGGGCGCUUUGUUGAGAACAAAAAGGUUGCUGCCGCUAUUCCCGGCGUCCUUGCUCGAGGAGAACCCGUCAGAGCUAGUGUCAUUGUCGGUACUCCUGGUACAGUGAUGGACAUUAUUCGACGCCGACAGCUAGAUAUCUCCCAGCUCCGUGUUCUCGUACUUGAUGAGGCCGAUAACAUGCUGGACCAGCAAGGCCUGGGUGACCAGUGCCUACGAGUCAAGAACAUGCUGCCUAACCAUAUCCAGGUGCUUCUUUUCUCUGCUACCUUCCCCGAGAACGUCAUGAAGUAUGCCACCAAGUUCGCUCCUAAUGCGCACAGCCUCAAGCUGCAGCGCAGUGAGCUUACUGUGAAGGGCAUCUCUCAGAUGUUCAUUGACUGUCCUGAUGACAACAUGAAGUAUGACAUUCUGUGCAAACUUUAUGGUUUAAUGACUAUCGGCCAGUCUGUCAUCUUUGUCAAGACCCGAGAAAGCGCAAACGAGAUUCAGAGACGAAUGGUCGCAGAUGGUCACAAGGUUUCUGCCCUCCACGCCGCCUUUGAUGGAUCCGAACGAGACAACCUUUUGUCAAAGUUCCGUCAAGGCGAGAACAAGGUUCUCAUCACCACCAAUGUACUGGCUCGUGGUAUCGACGUUUCCAGUGUGUCCAUGGUUAUCAACUAUGACAUCCCCAUGAAGGGUCGAGGUGACUCGGAACCCGAUGCCGAGACCUACCUUCACCGUAUUGGCCGAACUGGACGAUUUGGCCGUGUCGGUGUCAGCAUCAGCUUCGUUUACGAUAAGAAAAGUUUCGAUGCCUUGAGCAAGAUUGCCGAGAUGUACGGUAUUGAUUUGGUCAAGCUUGAUACCGAGGACUGGGAUGAGGCUGAGGAACGUGUGAAGGAGGUGAUCAAGAAGAACAGAGCCCAGGCUUCUUAUGCCCCCAGUGCGACUGAACCUAAGGCCGCCGAAGGUGCUUAG